AUGGGUGAUGCACCGUUAUCAUCAGAGCAUGUGCUGGUCGUUUUCUACCGCGCAAUGCCAGCAGAGCUGAGCGAUGUUAUCCGGCACAAAUUCUCCAAUGCCGAGGUCACUAUUUACCAGUCUCAGCAAGGUAUUCCUUUGCCAUCUGAAUUAUAUCAACGUGCUACCGUCCUUGUGACUUUCACGGAUCUUCCAGAGCUCAAGGACUCGAAAAACCUUAAACUGAUUCAUACCUUCUCUGCUGGUGUGGAUCAUCUUUUGAAACAUCCAAUUUUGCGAGAAAGCGAUAUCCCCAUCACUACAAGCUCGGGUAUCCACGGUCCUCCAAUUGCAGAAUGGACAGUGAUGAACUGGCUAGUAUCUUCCCGGAAAUAUGUCCAUACCUAUGAGUCACAGAAAUCGCACAUAUGGGGAGAUAAAAAUGCGUACACGCAAGGUCUGCAUGAUCAAGUGGGCAAGAAGGUAGGUAUUCUAGGAUAUGGAAGUAUCGGGCGCCAAAUUGCCCGCGUCUCGCACGCAUUAGGCAUGACUGUCCACGCAUACACGGCUAAUCCACGCCCAACACCUGAAUCCCGGCAUGACCAAGGCUACAUCGUGCCUGGGACUGGAGACCCAGACGGCUCAAUUCCGGCCUCGUGGCACCACGGAACAGACCGGGAAUCCAUCCGCUCUUUCUUGGCUACAGGGCUCGAUCAUCUGGUGAUCUCACUUCCACUGACCCCAGAAACAACCCGUCUUCUCGGCGCAGAGGAAUUCGCCAUUCUAUCCGACAACUGUCAUCAUCACGCGAGCAAGCCUUACGUGACCAAUAUCUCGCGAGGCAAGGUUAUCGAUCAGAAGGCGUUGGGCGAUGCAUUGAAUUCUGGAGUCUUGGGUGGUGCUGCCCUUGAUGUUACUGAUCCUGAACCUCUUCCUAAGGAUGAUCCUCUGUGGGAUGCCUCCAAUGUUCAGAUCAGUCCACAUGUCAGUGGUCUUGGGAUGGAGUACUUCCCGCGCUCUCUCGAUAUUCUCGUGCUAAACUUGGGACGCAUUGCUCGGGGUGAGCCAUUAAUCAAUGCUUAUGUACGAGGCAAAGGGUAUUAG